AUGGGACGAAAUCGUCGCAGCAGCAGCAUCACGAUGACUCGUUCAAGUCGAAGUAUCGAAACGAAGGACAGUGGCGAGCAGGGUUACAAUGCGAAUUCGCAUCCGGACGACAAGGACAGCAAAACUAAGGACCGAUGGCUGCUGGAUCCGACGGCACCGAACGGCAAGGGGACCAGGAAGGUACGCUUUGACUGGCGCGUCACGCAGAAGUACGACGUGCUGUCGGUGAUAGGCAAGGGAAGCUUCAGCAUCGUCAUGAAAGUACGCAAUAAGCAGACCAACGAGUACCACUCGAUGAAGGUCAUCUCGUCUGGUUUAAGUAUGAUCCAGAACGAACUGUCUAUUCUGUCGCGUGUGAAACACAAGUACGUAGUCCAGCUUAUAGAAGUGUUUUGUACUUCGAGUCGCGUCUACGUUAUUCUGGAACUGGCCAGCGGCGGAGAACUGUACGAUCGUAUAACUAAGAAAGGCACCUUCACCGAGGACGAGGCGGCGUACACUGUGUGCAUGCUGCUACAAGGUGUGUCCUACCUUCACAGUGUCGGUGUGACUCACCGCGAUCUGAAGCCUGAGAACUUACUCUAUUCGUCGCAGGAGAAGAAUGCAAAAAUUCUCAUUACCGAUUUUGGUCUGGCACAUUUGCAGAAGCCUGGAGAAGAGGAUCAGAUGACCGAUCCGUGUGGUACUCCGGAGUACAUCGCACCGGAGAUUCUGACUCGAUUGCCGUAUACGAAUAAGGUGGACAUGUGGGCAGUAGGAGUUAUUACAUACAUUCUACUUUCGGGAGUGAUGCCAUUUGACGACGAAAAUCGAACUGCUCUCUACAGACAGAUUCUGAAGGGAAGGUACUACUUUUAUCCAGAGUUUUGGUCGAACGUCAGCGAGGAAGCGAUGCAGUUUGUGUCGACUCUGUUGUGCGUGGAUGCCGACCAGAGGCCGACUUCGGAAAAGGCGCUCAAGCACCACUGGUUCGCCAGUGCGCUCGGUCGAACGAAAAACACAGACAAACGCGUCGGACAGACGGUGCGCAAAUCUCAGUCGCUGAGCCAGUAUAAUCCGAGGGUAUGUUAUUUACCGGUCGGUAUUUAUUUUCCGGUCGGCACCAACGCCGCUCCUAUAACUAAUCAGUCGUGCUGUGAUCAAACAGCUGUUGUCCGUCCGGUGGCAAGAAGAAACGCUCGUGCUGGGCAGGGAUCACAGACACCAACUGUAGAUUAA